AUGGAGAUACCACCAACAGCCAGGAUUGUGCUUUCUACAACCAAAGGGCGCAUAUCCAUCGAAUUGUUUGCAAAAGAAACACCCACUGCCUGCAAAAAAUUUCUCUCCAACUUGGUGAACGGGGAUUAUAACAAUGCUACAUUCACGCCGCAGGAGAAUCUGAUACAGGUGGAUCCUGUAGCCGGAGGAGAACCUUUUGCUCCUGAGUUUCACUCCCGAUUACGAUUCUCUGUCAGAGGAUGUGUGGGUCUUCUUCGAAGCGACCAGUAUGCUUCUGCAGAAGGGUUUUUCAUCACUACCCAACCAGCACCAGAACUCAAUAACCGACACGUGAUGAUUGGACGUGUCACUGGCGAUUCAUUCUACAACGUGAUGAAGAUCCAUGACGGCGAGAAAGGACCAGAUGGCGCACCGUUGUAUCCUGCAAAAGUGACGGGUGUGGAAGUGGAGGAGGCGUACUUUGAGGAUCUCGGAAGAAGAGAGAAAAGGCAAGAGGAAGAAAUGCACGAGAAAAAUGACAAACCAGCCCCUCGCAAGCGGAAGAGGGUUGCCUUGUCGUUUGAUGAAGAUGAGGAUGUUGAAGACACGGGAUUUGUCAUGCGUUCAGCUCAUGAAGCUCUUCGAAAGGGAGGAAAUAAGGGCGAUAAAAAUGAACGCCAGAAGGGCGAGCUGGAAGCGAAAUCAGAAACCGAGACGAUAGAAAAAAAUAAUGAAAAACCAGAUACAGUGGAAACAGAAAAAGCAGAUCGAGAGGAAACAGGAAAUGCAGAUACAGAGGAAACAGGAAAAGCAGAUGCAGAGGAAUCAGUAAAGGCAGGUACAGAGGAGACAGAAAAAGUUGAUACAGAGGAGACAGAAAAAGUUGAUACAGAGGAGACAGAAAAAGCAAAUAUAGAGGAAACAGAAAAAGUGGAUACAGAGGAAGCGAGAGAGAGUGCUGAUGUUUCACAGAACAAGGUCCAAAGGAAAAAGGGGCCAAUGGACCCCACGGACCCACUCAUAGAUAUUGAACGUGAUGACAUUACUUUUGCCCAACUCCAGGCACAUCGUUUUGUGUGGCGUUGA